AUGAGCACCAUUAGUACUUCCACUCCCGCGAUCCAGUCUCCAGUAGUGACUCCCGCUUCGCCAAGGAACAUUCAUCCGAAUCCUUUUGAUAUGCACGAAGGCAUUCCAGAGGAACAAGAAUUUGAACAUAUUGCUGAAUUAAAGCGUCUGGCCGCCGAAAAAGCUAGACGUCAAACCAUUGGUACAAGUGGUGAAAUUGCACGCGGAACUACAGCUUCUUUGACUCAGAGUGCCUUAGGCAAAUACUCGACCGCAAUUGGAGAAGAAAUUCGUGCCCCAUCUCUUAUUGUUCAGGCGAGAGUUAAAGCCGCUGAUCAUCCAGUUGACCAGGCACAACUUGUUCGUGAAUUAAAGGAGGAAGCUGAGCAACGUCGUCAAUUCGAACUUCAAACUCAAGGAUACGUUCCUCGUGCUGGACCAGCCGCUAAAGUUGAAGAAGCUGCCGAACAACUUGAAAAAGGAUUGAAAAUCGAAGAAGGUCAACUUCUUAAGCCAACAUCCCAACCGACAUCUGCUCAACAAAUGCAAGAGGUUGUUGGCAUAGGAGUCGGAAUGAAAAAAGGAAUAGGUAAUAAUAAAUUUGACAAUCGGGGUGGUUAUAAAAAUCGGGGUAUGCGAAACCGUCAACAGCACAAGUAUCCUGGAACUCAAAUCCCAGCUAAUCCAAAUUUUAUGCGUGCUCAAAAUAUGCAACGUGGUUUUCAAGGUCAACAAAAUAUUCAAACUCCUCAACAAGUGGAUAUUGGUAAUCCUGAUGUGAUACAUGAAGGUAUUCCUGAAAGUCAAGAAUUCGAACAUCUCGCCCAUUUAAAAAAAGUUACAGUUGAACACGCUCGUGGUAUCAGUCCAAUUACACGUGGAAGCAAAGCUGCUGUGGCUCAAAGCGCUCUCGGAAAAUACGCCACUGCUAUUAGUGAAGAAACUCGUAUUCCGACUUUAAGUGUCCAAGGCUUAGUAGAUCCUGUGGAACACGAGAUCGACUUGGAAAAACUCAUUCAAGUGUUGAGGAAAGAAGUUCAACAUCGACAUGAAUUUGAAAUGCAGACGUUGGGUAGAGUACUUCCUAAUGGCCCAGCUGUAAAAGUUGGUGAAGCGGUUGAUCGUUUGGUACAAUCACAACCGUCUCAAAAACUACCAGGUGAUUUUGUAUCGCCCAGUGCUCAAUUGACAGCUGCUGGUGUUUCCGGUCUCUCGCAACAAGCUGGUCAACAAGAAUUUGCCACACAGCAACAAGUCACACCUCCUGCUUCACCAGCACAACAUGUUAGUGUUGGUGGCGGACAAGGAAUCCAACAAGUUGGCGAAGGUGCUCAAAUACCACCAGGUCAGGAUAAACAAAGUGCCGCCGAACAAAAGGUUGAACACGAGGGAAUUUCUCAAUCUCAAAAAUUAGAGAAUUUAGCUGAAUCGAAAAAAAUCUCAAGUGGCAGUACGGAAGAGGCAGGACUUCCGCAAACCACUAUUCAGGGUGAUGCUAAUCGUAAACAUGCAGACGAAGGGUAG